UGCAAACUGGAGCUCCUGGUUGUGUCCCCAUGUCCCACACGGACCUGGAGCUCCUUUGGCACCGAGGACGAGCCCUUGGGGACACUGCACUGUGCCACUCCCAGUGCCAUCCCCAGUGUCCCCAAUGUCCCCAAUGCCACUCCCAGUGUCCCCAAUGUCCCCGCUGUCCCCUCCCAGUGCAAGCUGGAGCUGGUGGUGGGCUCCCCGGCGUCGUGCAUGGAGCUGGAGCUGUUUGGUGCCGAGGACGAGCCCUUGGGGACACUGGACUGUGACGAGGCCCUGCUGGGCUCCUACCCCGUCACCGACGGCUGCCGCCUGCACGUGACCGACCGGAGCGGGGCCCGGGCCGGGCAGUUCGAGGACGUGUCACAGGUGGCCAAGUACGAGAUGGCCGAGAGCGACUACGACAAGAGGACAGAGUCCAUGCGCUCCUUCCUGCGGCAGCGCUCGUGGGGCCGCUGGGACCGGGAGCGGGAGCAGGAAUAGGAACGGGACUGGCACCAGGGGUGUCCCCAAAGUGCCA